CUUUCCAAAGAUUACAUCGAUCCAUCAUUAGUUAAUUCCUUCCUUUCUAGUCAGGAUAUAUAUCAUAUCCAACUUAAUCUUUCCUAAUUACGAGAAACAGUGAUCAACAAUGGGAAAUUGCCUUUCCCUCUCAUCUUCAACGAAGGCGACUCCGAUCGAAACCACAUUCAAGCUUCCCUCUCCAUUACCCGCUUGGCCAUCUGGUGGUGGAUUCGCAAAUGGAAUCAUAAAUCUAGGAGGAUUACAGGUAUGCCAAAUUUCAUCUUUCAACAAAGUAUGGGCAACUCAUGAGGGAGGACCAGACAACAUAGGGGCAACCUUCUUCGAGCCUUCACCCCUACCCCAAGGAUUCUAUAUGCUCGGCUGCUACAGCCAACCCAACAACAAACCCCUCUUCGGAUGGGCCCUUGCUGCCAAAGCCGAAGACGAUCAACCUUCCUCUCCAUCCCCAGCUCUACAGCAACCAGUUGAUUACACACGGGUAUGGAGCAGCGAGUCUGUGAAGAUGAAGAAAGAUGGUGAUGGAUACGUAUGGUUACCCACUGCCCCGGAGGGCUAUGCUGCCAUGGGGCAUGUUGUCACUAGCUCGCCUGAGAAGCCACCUCUUGAUAAAAUCAGGUGCGUUCGAACCGACCUAACUGAUCAAUGUCAAGCUGACUCAUGGAUUUGGGGACCUCCUGGUGCAGCCAGUGAUGGGUUCAAUGUGUAUAGCCUCACACCCAUCGAUAGGGGCAUCCAAGCAAGGGGUGUCCCCGUCGGCACAUUCCUAGCCCGAAACGGAAAAGCAUCUCCGAAUGACAAUAAUAUAGCUUGUUUGAAGAACACUAACACCCAACCAAAUACUUAUAUGCCAAACCAAAGCCAAAUUGAUGCAUUACUUCAGGCUUACGCUCCAUUCAUAUACUUCCACCCAGAUGAAGUUUACCUCCCUUCGUCUGUGGGUUGGUUUUUCACCAAUGGAGCACUUCUGUAUAACAAGGAUCAAGAACAAAAUCCCGUUCCGAUCGAACCCACCGGCGCUAACCUUCCACAAGGUGGCUCAAAUGAUGGUGCCUAUUGGUUGGACCUACCAGUCGAUCAAGGCGGCAAAGAUAGAGUGAAGAAGGGUGAUCUCCCUGACGCCGAGGCCAACCUACACAUAAAACCCAUGUUAGGCUCAACAUUCACUGACAUAGCUAUUUGGAUCUUCUACCCCUUCAAUGGUCCUGCAAGGGCCAAAGUCCAGUUCUUCAAUGUUUCAUUGGGGAAGAUAGGUGAACAUGUUGGUGACUGGGAGCAUGUCACAUUAAGAGUCAGCAAUUUCACUGGCCAACUCUGGAGUGUCUACUUCUCCCAACACAGUAAGGGAAUAUGGGUGGACUCUUCUGCGCUUGAAUUUCAAGAUGGUAACAAACCGGUGACUUAUGCAUCUUUGCAUGGACAUGCCUUCUAUCCCAAGGCAGGGCUUGUUUUGCAAGGGAGUGGAGGCAUAGGAAUAAGGAAUGAUACUGCAAAGAGUAAAAUGGUAAUGGACUCUGGACUAAGGCCAUCAAUAAUGGCAGCCGAGUAUCUGGGCAAGGCUAUCAUUGAACCACCAUGGCUCAACUACUGCAGGAAAUGGGGCCCGAAACUUAGUUAUCAGAUUGCGGAUGAAAUAAAAAAGGUGGAGAAGCUCUUGCCUGGACCGCUCAAGAGUGCUUUUGACAAGUUUAUCAGAAGUAUACCUGAUGAAGUAUUGGGAGAAGAAGGGCCUACGGGUCCCAAGAUAAAGAAUAACUGGAAUGGAGAUGAAGUUGUUUGAACGUUUAGAAGUUAAUGUGGUAGAUGGAAUGGAUACUUUAACUAUUAAAGAGAUCGAAAUUCUUGGUAUAUAUACAAUGUUAAAAGUAUAUCCAACAUAUGUAAAAUAAACAAUAAAUAUAGGAUUUUUUUUACUAUCAAAAAAAGAAUAAAUAUAGGAUGCAAUGUUCAUGAACAUGUAGAACAAGUGAGGAAUUGUAAUUCAGAGCAGUGUGUAAAAGUCAUUCUAAUUUCUGAAUGAUAGAAACAGUAUCAUUUCGUUGACAUAUUCGAUUAAAAUUAAUGAAAAAUCUCAAGGAAUCAAGAUUCAGGAACC